CGUCAUUUGACAGCCAUAUUGGUGGUUGACCUGGCCAUAGUGAACUAAUCGAAAGUUUUAUCAAUUUUAAAAGGUAAAUACAUCGAUCUUCGACUGUUUGAUCACAUUUAGGAAGUCAGAUAUAGCUCGAAUUCCAUCAAGGAAUCUGUCAGUCGCUAUUUGCUUUCGUGUUUAUUUCAAAUUCGGUAGUUGUGUGCAAUAUUGGCAGCUACAAGAUGGCUGCAGGCCCGUAUAAUUACUCAUAUAUAUUUAAAUAUAUUAUCAUCGGGGAUAUGGGAGUUGGGAAGUCGUGUUUGUUACAUCAGUUCACAGAGAAAAAAUUUAUGGCAGAUUGUCCUCAUACUAUAGGUGUUGAAUUUGGUACUAGGAUUAUAGAAGUAUCAGGUCAGAAGAUAAAGUUGCAGAUCUGGGAUACAGCAGGCCAAGAGAGGUUCCGAGCUGUCACCAGAAGCUACUACAGAGGUGCAGCAGGGGCACUCAUGGUCUAUGAUAUAACUAGACGAAGUACAUAUAACCAUUUAAGUAGCUGGCUAACAGAUGCGAGAAAUUUAACUAAUCCAAAUACUGUAAUAUUUUUGAUUGGGAACAAAUCUGAUUUAGAAGCACAAAGAGAUGUAACUUACGAAGAAGCUAAACAAUUUGCUGAUGAAAAUGGUUUAAUGUUUUUGGAGUGCAGUGCAAAAACAGGUGACAAUGUAGAAGACGCCUUUUUAGACACAGCAAAGAAAAUUUACCAAAAUAUACAGGAUGGCAGUUUGGAUUUAAAUGCUGCCGAGUCUGGUGUCCAGCAUAAACCAGCCACGCCCCGUAAUGCCCUCAAUACGGAUCAGCAGCCCAGUGAGAAAAGUUGUGCGUGUUGAUAUACAUACACAUUAUUAUGUUACAUUAUACUCAUUUUGUACAGUCAACACUUCUACAGACAAACUAUGGUAUGGACUUUGAUGGUAUCCAACAACUUUACAGAUAGAUUACGGCAUAGACAUGGUAGAUUACAGUCUACACUUGACAGAUGUACACGGUAUAGACUUUGUAGACGACACACUACACUUCAUUAACAUACUGUGACAUUAACUCCUCUGACAUUCUGCCAUGUCAAAAUCAACCAGUCUUUUUAACACUGACUUUACAUUACAUUGUUGGAAAUGCCAACAAAUUGUUGCAGGCAUGUUGUAACUAAAAGACAUUGUAUUGAUCUUUAGGUCAACAACAAAUUUUACGGCUUGUACUUUUUCUGAACAUUAAACUUAGACACAUUGUAUUCUGAUGCUUUUUCAAGAGAUCAAAGUAAAAGUAACAUUAAAUUAAUGUUAGCGGCAUGUGUUAGAUAUUUUUAAGUUUGAUACAUGUAAUUAUAAAUAUUUGACAGUGAAUACAACACUGCUGUAUGUCUUCAUGAGUUACAUUAGAUUUGUAUUUACUAGACAGUGUUUAUACAGAACAAACUGAAAUGCUAGUCACUUCAGCAGAGAUAUUUCAUUUGAUAGACAGGUUUGAAUGGUUCUUGCAAUUUCUUGUGUUCAGUAUGAUAAACAAAUAGGGCAGAGGUCUUUCUUCUAAUUCAAUUGAUUCUUAAAAAUUGGGACUAACAAAAAAUGUUUGGGGAACAUUGAAGUGAAUGUGAUGUACUGUGGAAUACCUGUCUGUAUUUUAAGACAUACUGUGGCAAUAGUGUGAGGGGCUGUUCUAGUUAGAUUGCUGGAAUUAUGGGUGUUCAGAUAGACCUGCAAAAUGUUACUUUUGAAAAUAUUUGUUUAAAAGGUGUUAUAUUAUAUAUAGAUUAGAAGCAUUGAUAAAGAUAGAUUAAAAAGAGUUUCUGUGGCAAUACAUAGCUUACACUUGCAUAUGUGUCAUCAGUAUGUAUACCAAUUUGUCACUAAGUCUUUAAAUUGACUUUUGUUUGAAAUACUGACUCUAAAAUUGUUAGUUUCUGUAGGCCAACACCAGAGAAAUUUUAGCAGGUGAUUUCAACAGGGCAACCUGUUGCCAUACUGAGUACAUGUUCGUUUUCAUUUUGAACAAUGAACUCAGUAAAGUUUUAAUACAUCAUUCCAUGUUUUUGUCACUGUGAAAAGAAGUACUUGAUGAAUAUAAGUGUGCUUUGAAUUGAGGGUAUGCAUUUUACAAACAUGUUAAACAUUAAUGUAUAUAGAUAUAGUAUGUUGUAUUUAUGGCUGAUUUGUAAAACUGUUUGUGUGUUAUGUUUGAAUGAUAGUAAAAGCAUAUUUUUAACAUUGCACAUAAUACAUUUUAUAACAUUGUAUAGAAAUAGGUGUUGGUAACAUGCUAGAUAAGAAGUAAAUUGCAAUUCAAUAGUUCCUGUUUGGCUUUGAAAUAUAUGGGAAUGUUUGAAGUGUGGGACUGCUAUACAUACUUAUUGUAUAUAUAGCUGUAUAUUUUAUAACCAAAUGGCGAUUUGAGAAUCUGUGAUUUAUAACUUAUUUUUACAGAUUUUUCUUUUCAUUCACUUUGUUGUAACUGACCCAAUGUUGUAAAAUUUUGAAGUUAAAAGCCUCUAACUAGCUUCAGUUGAUGGAAUAGAAAACAUGUUUUCUGUGGGCGUUUUCUGCUAAAAUGCUUGUAUCUUAAUGACAGAUGUAAACAAAUCUGGCCACUAGUGUUUGAAAGAGUAGCUGUAUAUAGAUUCAUGAUAGGAAACCUAUAUAGACUGUAAAUAUAUGAUAUUUGCCACAAGGUUGUUGGUUAUUGUCAUAUAAUAAAUGAUAGUAUGAAGAAAAUAAGACACGCCUUGGUCACUAAUUAUUUGAAGAAUAAAUUGUGUUUAUUGGUACAUUGAAGAGUAGUGAAGUUAUGUUUUCAAAUUCCAGAAAAAUUAGACUUAUUUUAUAGUAAGUUGUAGAUUUAAUUUCCUGAAAUUUUGCGAGGCUUUCUUUGCUUAUUACGAUUUACCAGUACUGAAACCAGUGUAAGUAAGGCAUUGAGUUGGAUACUGUACAUAAUAAAUUGUGCAAGGUACUGGUUAAUGUAUUUGAUCCAUCCAUAAAUUCUUGACAAAAUAGCAAGAGGGAAGUUUCUGUAGUACAUUUAAUGCAGAUUAAGAGGUGUCUGAUAUAACAGAAAUCCAAAGCAUGUUACCUGUACUGAUAGGAGAAAGAACAAUUGUAAAUAUGUUUUGUGUUUUAUGACUGGAAGAUAAAUGUAAAAUAUAGAAGUUGUCUGAUUACUGCAGUUGUAAAAGUACACAGAUUGUUAAGAAAUAUAUACAACUGUAGACAAGGUAAAAAAGCAUGCUAGAUAAGAGUUAAGUCAAAUAAUAUAAUAGACAGCCAAGUAAUUUACAUGUAAGUAAAUAAAUAAGGAAAUCAAAGCUUUUGCUUGGCUGUUUAGCAUGAAAAAUAGAUAAAGGAAGAUUCAGCUGUUUCUCUGUGGUAAUUAGGCAUACUUCCUUAUACUGUAAUGACAAUAAUAUUUGCAUGUCUUUUCUGUACAGUCUAUAAAUUUGUGAUGUACUAAAAAAUGAAUACUUAACUGUUGUAUUUCAUGUUAACAGUAAAAGGACUUGAGAAACUUUCUUUAAAUUGGGACCACUGUUUAUUGUUGAUACUUAAUUCUAUGAUACCAGUAAGGGAAUUUUGUUUAUUGUGCUAGAAAGGUUUAAUGUAAGAAGAACAGAAAAUUCCUUGUAAUCGUUUUCUAUUUGUCUGUUACUAAAGUUUUUUUUAUAAUAAACAGCAGAAGUUCCUUAGACCAGAAUGACCCUGUGAUAAAUACAUGUACAACUUUUCCACACUUCUUACUUAAAGAUGGGAUAUGCAGCAAUGUUCUGUGAUGAAAAUAUGGCACACAAAGUUUCUGAAACUUUCAGUCGGAGCAAGUUGUGCUGGUUCUCUUGUGACUGUUUUCAUGAACAAAAUAUACAUGUUUUAUAUUAUGCUCAGUGUACACAUUCUGUCUGCUUUAUUACACCAUAUUAUUCCUGAUGUUAUUAACAUACAAUUUAUGAGAAACAUUAAGUGUUGUGAAAAGAUGGUUUAUUCACAAUAAAACUUUACACCUUCUGACAUUUCUAUAGAUAUCACUGCGUAUUGGAGUACUAACAGGGUUUUGAUUGUAUGUAACUACCGAUGAAUGUUUGAUGUCAUAUAGUCUUUGUUGAUCAUCAUUUGAUACACUGUUACUGUAAUUGUAAAAUUGUGCCAAAUGAAUCAUCAAUUUGUUGUAUGUCCUUUAAGUGAAGAUUUCCCAUAGUAACACAAUAUUAAAAUGAAAUCAGGCAGGUUCACUGUUUCUCUAGUACUGGUAACAAUAUUUUUGCUAGUGUUUAUAAAAUAACAAACCGGUAUAAACCAUCUACCCUAUUACGUUUAGUUAACUCAAGUUUGAUAAUAGAUACUUGCAGCAUUUACUAAAUAGAAUUCUAACUAGUCCCUUUUGUUUUCAAACAAUGUGCAAUUCCUAUUGUUGCAUGUGCUUAAAUAGGAAUGUUGGAAGUGAAGGAUGAGUAAGUGUGACAACAUCAUAGAUGGAUAUUAUUUUCCUUGUUUUCAUUAUCAAGUCAGCAAGAUAAUUAUUGUGGCUGUAGUGAAAUCCUAUACAAUACUCAUCAUGAGUACUUUAAACAUGUUGAUAUUCUUUUUUGUACUGAUAUAACAAGCUGUUUAUCAGCAAACCAACUUCAUUGAAUUUUGAGUUACAUUUAACUGCCCUAAUGUGUACCUGUUGCAAAAAGUCCUUUUAUAAAAACAUUUUCCAAUCAUAAUGUUCAAAGUCACCUGGAAGGAUAAUGUUGUAACUUUUAACUUAAGAAAGAUUAUUUCUUUUGAAAUUUUGUAAUACAUCUGUUAUACAGAGUUCAUUUGAAUUUCAGUAGGUUGAUAUUACAGAUGCUGUGUAAAAUACCCCAAUUGUUGUUGUUAUACAAUUUCUUUAUUGUGGAAUGGCUUCAGAAAUUUCUGUAACUUUCAUAAUACUGUAAUUGGAGAAAAUUCUUCAUAAGAUACAAUGUGGAUGUGAUUUGCUGCCAUUAGUGAGUAGAGUAAAUGCAGUGAUAUUUAUUUUAAUUGUGUAUACAGUGAUGUGUAUGUAUAUUGUUUAAAUUAUUUCUUUUUUGUCUAUAAUUCUUGUGUUUUAUCCCAGAUUUAACCAUAGUAAUGUAAAAUAUUCCACAGGUUUUAUUGUGUAACAUUUUUGUUUGAAUUGUGUGGAUGAUGACUGUGUGUGUUGUAGAUCCAGUAAAAUUCCGCUUUUCAUCUGUAUUGAUUACCAAUUCAGAAAAGUAAAGAUGUUUUGUUGGCUAUUCAGAAAUUUCUGUGCUAUACUAAAAAACAUUUAUGCAGAGAAAGUACAUGUAUACUAAUAUUUAAAACACCCACAUAUUGAAUAAUUUGGGCAUGUGGAGGUAUCUUGUAGAAUCAUAGAGCCAGGAGCUUCUCGGCAUUUUAAUUUAGGCAUGGGAAGGGUACUUUGUAGACCAAUAGAUCAUACACAAGCAAGCUAAAUGGUUUCCCCCAUCACAUGAAAGGGAUCUUUGUUGGCCGAGUUGUUAGUGAAGUCUAAUUGCCCCUUUCAGCUGUGGGUGCUUUUGACUAUAGAAUUCUUCCAUAGCUUGAACCUGUGCAGCUUGCUUGAGGAAGUUAGAUGGUUCAACCCAGAUGCUAGUCCAAGUCUGUAAUAAUGUCAGGAGGGGCACCUGCGGUCUUUCUGAUUCCAUUGAAAGACAUUGUGCCAGUAUGACUUUAGUUUUCAUGGUUCGCACAGGUCCUUGAAAGUCCUUGAAUUUGAUCCUAAGUCCUUGAAAAGUCCUUGAUUUUUUUCUUCCAAAAAUCCCCUGAAAAAGUACUUGAAUUUUGAAAAAAAAGGUAGAAAAGUCCUUAAAUUUUGCUAAAAACGGGGGUGCAAUCGUAUUGUAGGGGAAAAAUACAAAAAAUAAAUAAUAAAUAAGUCAAAACGAGCGAAAAAACGGUGUAAUAUAAAAAUACAUGCACACCCACGGAGGGAACGCUAGUUGAACACCGUUUCGGUACGGAAGUUAGAUAUGGAAUAGCGAUUUUCACAACAUUAAAAUAUUAUGCGCAAGGUCAUUGUAGCGUGACUAUCAACAACAACAAUGAGUGGCCCAAAAAAUAAAUCAAAGAGCUAUAAAAAUAAAUAGAUUGGCAACUUGAAAGGCAUAUAGAGCAAAUCUCGCCAACCUCCCGUGACAAAAAAACGAGAUCUCGUUUACCGGAAGUGGCGCUUUCUCCACGCGCCAUUUUGUAUGCGAAAGCAAUUAUUCAUCGGUAAAAUGAUUAUCACCGUAUGACCACGCUUCUUUCGAUGGCAAAAAGAAACGUGUACUUCGUGUCUUAAGACCAUUUCAAAUUAAACUAAUUUUGUUUUAGAAGCUAACAUGUAUUUUAAAUGUAGUUUUAAAGGUACAAAUUGUAACUCCAUGCUCGCCGAUGUUUGUUUUUAGUGAGAUAACGCCGAAUCACGCUCUGACACGAGCUCACGCGAGAUUACAGCCAGUUGCCAUUCUGUGUAUUUAUACUUCUUUGAAUAAAUGUAGUUUCACCAAUAAAUGGCUUACACAGGAUGAUUAUUCAUCGUGGUUAAAGAAGUUUAAGUCAGACAAGCAUAAGUGUAUGUGAUAAACUCAUUGAUGUCGGAACUAUGGGAGAAAGUGCGUUGAAAUCACACGCGAAAACAAGAAGUGAAGUCCCUUGAGGACAAAUUGAAAACUACAAAUGUAGUCUUGAGAGCUUGAAAGACUUAUAAAAAACAUGUACUAAGUAUGUAUACAGGCAAAUAUAGCUCAUAAAAGGUAAUCCCAUUGAAGAUCUCAUAAAGGUUAAGAUAUGCUAUUGUAGCUUAUGGAAAAUAAAACUGUUCUGUGACUUUUCUUUUGUCAUAAUGCCUUAUGAAGAGCCUAAAUGGUUUUGUAAUUUAAGAUUUAAAGCGAUUAAAAUAGUCCUUGAAAAUCCAUAAAAAGUCCUUGAAAAGUCCUUGAAUUUUUUUUGCCAAGUCCUGUAUGAACCAUGGUUUUGUCACUUAACAUCCAUCAAAAGAAAGAAAACAUUAUAUGAAAGAAAAAUCUGUCACGGUGUGGGUUGGUUAUUGUAUUUGUAGACAAAAAGUUGGGCAUUCUUUAAAAUCAGUCUUGCAAGUUCGAUUUGCCCUGAGAACAUAAUUUUUACAUUAGGUUAAUGGAUUAUUUCAGUUAUGCAUUUAUCCUUACAUACUGUGUCUUGUUAUACAGUUUUUAACAAAUUCCCAGAUUUUGCAGGGCACAGCUCCUCAUUUGUUUGUUUCAGAUUCAUGACAUAGGCUGGUAUUUGAGAUACUGGUAGAGUGGAUGUUGGUGAAAUUCAGUUACUUACCAUCUGUUACUGUAUGGUCAUGUACUUUCACGAACAUAAGCUGUAGGUUUGUCUGCAUUUCUUACCACUAGGUGCAAGAAUAUUUUAAUUAUUGUUCGAUAUUGAUAGGAAAAAAUUCCAUUAAAGCAGAAAAAGAAAGAAUUAGAAUUUUUCACAUAACAUAUUUUUCUAUUUUCCAGUUACUGCAAUUAUUAUUGAAAUGUUGUUUAUUUUGAAUAACUGUCAAUAAUUAUUAGCUUCAACUAACAGGUUGUGUGAACAUUUGAACAGCUGUUAAUCAGUGUCUCUAUUUUUGUCUACUUAACCAAAAAAUGUCAGUCACUUUCCUUCUUUUGAGGUUUAACUUCUUACAUACGAGUAGAAAUCAAUGGAACAUAAACGUGGGAAGAUAUAUGACUCUACAGUUGAUAUGAUUUUGUUGCAAUAUGAUUUUAUCGUUAUAAAUUAUUAUUCUUACAUUCAAGUAUAUGUUGUGUAGCAUGAAUGAUGUAUAAGAUAUAUGAAAUAAUAAAAGAAUAUGAACUGUGUAA